GUGUGUGGGUGCGCAAGACAUACAAGUCAUCCAUCCUUUUGAGCACACCAGUCUCGAAUCUCGUCAUCUGCCGGGCCACCUAUACACAAAAAGCCAGAUCGAUCUCUCGUCUAUGUUUGCUGUCGACAUGGAGCUCCAUGUUCAAUCUUGAGCUUCUCCCGUUGCCGUACAUGCAUCCCUCUAUCGUGACAAAGGCCAAAAGCCACAAUAUUGUGCGACAAAUACCAUUUCGCUUGUUGACCAUGGCAGGCUACACCCUGAUAAACGUUGAUCAAUCUCAUCGACAUUGGCUGCUUUGCCAACAUCACCUGACUUUUACUUUGCAAUCGCGGCCCUGUCUACCGCCCUCGUCUGUUCAUGCACCUGUCAUGCGAACUGUGACAGCCUCAGAUGCAACAAACGCUUCUGCCAGCCACAUCAAUUUUUGGCGGGAUGCCCGAAAAGUCUUGAAUGUGCAGGAUAUACACAGCAGUGGAAGUGCAUUGCAGAGCAUACAGGUACAAGCCCUUCAUACAAGCCUUAUCCAGAGCACUCUGUGUGAGGUGGCUGGUUCGUUGCCUCAGGCGCUCCGAUCUCUCGCACGCAACGGUUCAUACAUGCCCUGCCAUGUAUUGGCUUGGUUAGCCGCCGCGCAGCCUCCCUCCCUCGCGUUCUGGGCGCGUGGUGAGACAAGGGAAAACUGCUCGUGCACCAUACCUGCUCCUAGUCCGAUGAUUACAUAG